AUGUUUGCUAACAUUCUAUUAGUCAAGCAAUUCAUUCGCAAUGUGCGAGCUGCGAAGACCAUCGCUGACGAGCGUGCCGUGGUCCAAAAGGAAAGCGCCGCGAUUCGAGCCAGUUUUCGAGAAGAGAGCCACGAUCCAAACAUCCGGCGCAAUAAUGUCGCCAAACUGCUAUACCUGUUCACGCUCGGCGAGCGGACGCACUUUGGCCAGAUAGAAUGUCUGAAGCUCCUCGCCUCUCCACGGUUUGCGGACAAGCGUUUGGGUUAUUUGGGGACGAUGCUGCUUCUGGACGAGAACCAAGAAGUCCUUACCCUCGUCACAAACUCGCUGAAGAAUGAUCUUAAUCAUUCCAACCAAUAUGUUGUCGGCCUCGCGCUGUGUACACUCGGCAACAUCGCAUCCGUCGAAAUGUCCCGAGACCUGUUCCCCGAAAUCGAGACCUUGAUAUCCACCGCAAAUCCCUAUAUUCGUCGAAAGGCAGCUCUUUGCGCGAUGCGGAUAUGCCGGAAAGUCCCCGAUCUUCAAGAACAUUUCCUGGAAAAGGCGAAACUAUUGAUACAAGACCGAAACCAUGGCGUGCUUCUUUGUGGGCUGACAUUGAUCAUAAGCUUGUGCGAAGCAGACGAGGCAGAAGAUGGAGAGGAAGGAGUGGUCGAGAUGUUCCGUCCAGUCGUGCCACACCUGGUCCGGACCUUGAAGAGCCUGACCAGCUCAGGAUACACUCCAGAGCAUGAUGUAUCAGGAAUCACAGAUCCCUUCCUUCAGGUCAAAAUCCUGCGACUGCUGAGGGUGCUCGGGCGAGGCGACGCGGCCACAAGCGAACAAAUGAACGAUAUUUUGGCUCAAGUAGCCACCAACACUGAAGCUACGAAGAAUGUUGGGAAUUCAAUCCUCUACGAAGCCGUCCUGACCAUCCUCGACAUAGAGGCCGACUCAGGCUUGCGCGUCCUUGGGGUCAAUAUUCUCGGAAAGUUUCUGGCCAACAAAGACAACAAUAUUCGCUACGUCGCACUCAACACAUUGAUCAAGGUGGUGGCUAUCGAGCCUAAUGCCGUCCAACGGCAUCGAAACACCAUUUUGGAGUGUCUGAGAGACCCUGACAUUUCGAUUCGACGACGAGCCCUGGACCUCAGUUUCACGCUGAUUCGGGAGGACAAUGUAAGGGUGUUGAUUCGAGAACUGUUGGCCUUCCUAGAGGUCGCCGACACGGAGUUCAAACCGGUCAUGACGACGCAGAUUGGGAUUGCCGCCGACCGUUAUGCGCCGAACAAACGCUGGCAUAUUGACACCAUGUUGAGAGUGGUCAAGCUGGCCGGCAACCACGUCAAGGAACAAAUCCUGUCAUCCUUCGUCCGCCUCAUUGCCACUUCGCCGGAUCAACAGACGUACUCGGUUCAGAAGCUAUACGCGGCGUUGAAGGCCGACAUCACACAGGAGGCGCUGACACUGGCCGGGGUGUGGGUCAUUGGCGAGUAUGGCGACGCAUUAUUGCGCGGGGGUAGCUACGAGGAGGAAGAGGUUGUCAAAGAGGUCAAAGAAAGUGAUAUUGUUGACCUAUAUACGACCAUCCUCAACUCGACCUAUGCCAAUCAGGUCGUCACCGAGUUCAUCAUCACGUCGGCGAUGAAACUGACCACCAGAAUGUCGGACCAAUCCCAAAUCGAACGGAUACGCCGCCUGAUGCAGUCGAGGACGUCGGAUUUGAGUGUCGAAAUCCAACAACGGGCGGUGGAAUACAGCAAUCUCUUUGGCUACGACUCUAUUCGGCGCGGGGUGUUGGAGAAGAUGCCGCCUCCAGAGAUCAAGGAAGAGCAGAGAGUCUUCGGUCAGGCGGCCGCACCUGCCAAAGACAAGAGAAAGAUGUUGAAGAGCAAGACCCAUACCAAGGUUGCCAAAACCAGCGAGUCGGACAUGCUCUUGGAUCUCAUGGGUGGAACGGAUGUGCCGGCCGUGGACAGCAGCGCCACACUCAAUGGAAAGCAGCAGACCGCGGACUUGCUGGCGGAUAUUCUCGGAGGUGGCUCUUCUGUUUCCAGUCCCCCACCCCAGAUGAAGAGUCCGGUGCCGGCUUCGAACACGGAUUCGAUCAUGGACCUUUUCGGCAAUGGAACAGCCAAGCCUACUAGUCCUGCUCCGGGAGCAACCCAAGCACAUCCCGUCUACAAUAAGAAUGGAUUAUCGGUUUCCAUUCAGGUUUCGCGAAGUGGCGGUGGGAUUCAAGCACUUGCGCGAUUCAAAAACACCUCAGCUUUCGACCAAUUGAUCGGUGUGGGGUUGCAAGCCGCGGUGCCAAAGAGCCAGAAAUUGACGUUGCAGGCCAUCAACAAGAGCACCCUUGAGGGAGGCGAGGAAGCAAUUCAAGGCAUGAAGAUAGUUUCGGCAACAGGGUCGCUCCCUGCGAAACUCCGGUUACGACUGAAGAUCUCAUAUACCAAGGAAGGGGGCGCACCCGUGACAGAGCAGGUUGACUGGACAGAGUCAUAG